CAUUAGACCAAACCUUCUUGUUUCUUCGAAAUUAGGGUUUCCUCGAAAUUAGGGUUUCCUUUUUACCCCCAAAUUCUGUUGUUCUAUUUUUCAAGGUUCUCUCUUUGAGAAAUCGAUCAUGGCGAUGGAGUGCUUAACCCAGAAUCUCAUAGAUCAUCGCCCCAGGAAAAGGCCGAGAUGGGAUGUCCAGCCUCAGGCUCAGAUAGGAAUGUUCUGUGGGCAAGAAGUUGGACUUGGAGAUUUGACAAGCUUGGUAUCAUCGAUGGCACCUUCAGAUUAUACUUGUUCUUCUUCCUCUUUGUAUGCAAACAAAGUGGCUCGUAUUGCUUCUCCUCCUCGUAGGGAGGAUGACAAAGAUGGUCAUUACGUGUUUGGGAUUGGAGAAAAUUUAACUUCUCGCUAUAAGAUCUAUCGUAAGAUGGGGGAAGGCACCUUUGGACAAGUGUUGGAGUGCUGGGAUAGAGAAAAGAAAGAAAUGGUAGCUAUCAAAAUUGUUCGUGCUGUUGAUAAAUAUCGUGAGGCUGCUAUGAUUGAGAUUGAUGUGCUUCAACGACUAAAGAAACAAGAUGACUCUGCUAGCCGUUGUGUACAAAUACGGAACUGGUUUGACUAUCGUAAUCAUAUCUGUAUCGUAUUUGAGAAGCUUGGACCAAGCUUAUAUGAUUUUUUGCGGAAAAAUGGUUAUCGCCCAUUUCCCAUUGACCUAGUCCGCGAGCUUGGCAGGCAACUCUUGGAAUCUAUAGCAUUUAUGCAUGAUUUGCAUCUUGUUCAUACUGAUUUGAAGCCUGAGAACAUUCUUUUCGUUUCUCCCGAGUACAUGAAAGUAUCCCACCAUAAGGUUGGCUCCUCUAUAAGAUUGCCUAAGUCUAGUGCUAUCAAGGUAAUUGACUUUGGCAGCUCAACAUAUGAUAGCCAAGCCCAUAAUUAUGUUGUAUCCACAAGGCAUUAUCGGGCUCCUGAGGUUAUUUUGGGAUUUGGAUGGAGUUAUCCCUGUGAUAUAUGGAGUGUGGGCUGUAUUCUGGUGGAGCUCUGUUCUGGGGAGGCAUUGUUUCAGACCCAUGAGAACUUGGAGCACUUGGCCAUGAUGGAGAGGGUAUUGGGUCCUUUGCCCCAGCCUCUGUUGAGGAGAGCAGAUUGCCGUGGUGAGAAAUAUGUCAGAAGAGGUCGAUUACAUUGGCCAGAAGGUGCAUCUUCCAGAGAGAGUAUUAAAGCUGUUUCAAAAUUGCCACGUCUUCAGAACCUUGUAAUGCAACAUGUUGACCACUCAGCUGGUGAUCUUAUUGACCUCCUGAAGGGUCUUCUGAAGUAUGAACCUUCAGAACGGCUGACUGCUCAUGAAGCCCUCAAACACCCUUUCUUUACAAGGAAUCAUCGGUUAUAGGAUCACAGAAUAUAUCUUAACUUGAGACCCGCGCUUUGCUUCAUUGUGAUGUGAAGCCACUAGUGAAAGCUUCAGUGUGAUGCACCUGUGGAUAGCUCAUCCCCUGUAGAAUAGUGGCUCUUAAAUCUGUUCCUGAGUGUUGUAUACCUGCUAAGCCGAGCUGCUUGUGCUUGUGCAUAUUUGUGGUUGGAUAGUUCUGCUUGUGCGUAUUUGUGGUUGGAUAGUUCUCAAGGGUUGCGAAAGCACUAACCUGAUUCUAUUUUUGUGCAACACAUAGGACUGUAAUUUGAUGUUUUAAUUGAAUUUCUCCCGCAGUGUUGUGUGAUUAAUUGGUACAAAA